AUGCCGCAAUGCUCCUGCUCGCACGAGGCAGCAAAGAAUUUGGUUCGUUCAAUUGCCUGCCAAUUGGUUUCGGCUUUAUACUAUUUGCAUGCACAUCGCAUUCUACAUCGAGAUAUGAAGCCUCAGAAUAUUCUUCUGGGACAAGAUGGCGUAGUGAAACUUUGUGACUUUGGUUUUGCCAGGGUCAUGAAUUUGAAUGACAUGGUAUUGACUUCGAUCAAGGGAACACCGUUAUAUAUGGCUCCAGAGUUGGUAGAGGAGAAACCCUACGACCACACGGCUGAUUUAUGGGCUCUUGGAUGUAUACUUUAUGAGCUGUUUAUCGGGACACCCCCGUUCUAUACAAACAGCAUUUUUCAUCUCGUAAAACUCAUAACGGAAACUCCAAUCCAGUGGUCAAAUGAAAUGUCCCCAGAAUUCAAAGACUUUUUGGCCAGAUUGCUACAUAAGGACACUAGGAAGCGUUUGCAGUGGCCGGAGCUUUUGGAACAUCCAUUUGUAGCUUCCGGAGUUGAGAUUUAUCAACGGACGCGUUUACUGUCAAGCCCGUUCACACAACCGCUCACACCAAGCCAAUUGGCUGAAAAAGAGAGACAAACCAAGCAGAUGCUGAGACCACGUGGUUCAAGAAUGCUACGACGAAUGGGUGGAGAACGAGUACACUCAUUGCGUCAGCUGAAAGAAGAAGACCGUUUAACAGAUUCAACGUCGAGGCAGUCGACUAUAUCCAACAGUUCAUCACGAGCUGGUUCAAGAUGGAACUCGUUAUAUGAAGCUGAAAGUUCAAGACAGGGACCAGCUUCCCAUGGCCCGGCACCUCAACAGCGACCAAGUUCUUCCGAUAUGAGCCGAGUCAGGGAUGUCGAAGAGCAACGUCCAGUGAGCUGUAAUCUGACAAGAACAUACGAACAGAGAACAUCAACACCCCAGCGACAAGUUUCGCGCAAACUUGAGAAUGGACGAAAAAAUAGUGACGGGAUCGUGGAAUCGCAGGACACAAGGGUUCAACCACCCACACCUCGAACAAAUCGCAUUUCUGCCGAUUACGACCGUGAACAGCAAGCCUACGAGCAAUAUUUGUCGGUGAAACGAGCGGAAACAUUCAGUGGGGAUUUGGAUUCCAGUUUCACUGAUAAAAGCGAUCGAUCUAAACGGAAACCUUCUUCUGCUAAAACGCCCACCUCCGGAAUAUACGGAUCCCAACGGGGUUCCAAUGAUCCACAUGAAGAGAGCAAACCCAAACAGAUUGCAGGCUGGUGGUUGCGUGAAAGCGCAGAGGCAUGGGAGCGGCUGGUCGAUGCGACCGAGGUUGAUUAUGCCCCACAUUCUAGUUCGGAUACGGAACACACACGCCCGUCCUUGGAGCAGCAAAGAAAAGCCCAACGACGUACAGCGCUCAGUCUUUUGAGAGACGCAGAUUUUGCACGGCGCGUAGCUCUCCGGUUAAGUUCAGCCACAGUGAUUGAGGAUAGUUCCAACUGGAGAGCAAUACAACCUUGGGCCGAGGCUCUGGUGGAACGGCGUAUUGUGAUUAAUCGCCAGUCAGCUCGACCGGCAUCUGCUGGAACCCAUGGUGGCAGAGAAGCUCCUACUGAAUCAAUACCUGGUUUAGAGGCAGCCGCAUAUCUACGCACAAUCCUUCGCUUACUAACUAAUCUUGUUACUGUUAAAUGGUAA